AAAUCUUAUCUAUACAAACAGAACCCCAAAACCCAUCAGAGUUGCAUAGACGGGGCUUUGGGUUUUGGCACCAAAAACCCUAAAACCCAUUUUCAUUUCAAUGGAUAAUCCAGGAGGAGGAGCACCAAAAGGUCUCCCUCGGAGCCAGCAGCCGCAGAUGAAGAAGAAGCAAUUGCCGUCCCCAAAGCAGCUCAUAUCCCACUACGAGUCACAGGGUCUCGACACCCAAGAAGCCUCCGUCAAGGUCAUAGAGGAUCUCCAGGCCACCCUUUUCAGAGUCAUCACCUCCGGCCGAGCCAAGAAGGACAAGCUCUUGGCCGAAGCCUCCCGUAAGCUCGACUCUGCCAACUCACGCCUCUCCCUUAUCGACGCCAAGCUCGAUUCUAAGCCCGGCUAUGGGGGGACCUUUGCCAUUGGAAUGGCUUCCGGCCUCGCCUUGAAUGGACUCGGAACUGUUCUUCCCCAUGUUGUUGGAGCUGUUUCCCAGAUUUGGAGCUCUGUUAGGUCUGUUAGUAAAGAUUCUCCCCAAUGAAUUGUGACUUCUUCUUCUGAAUUUGGUUCUGUUCUGUUUCUUUCCUUCUUUCUGGGUUUUGUGAAUUUUUGAUGAUGAGUUUUAGUUAGUCCAUUAUUGAGAAGAAUGUGAACAAAAAUGAGUUAUUUGUGCUCUGUACAAAAUUUCAGCUUGGGUUUCUUCUUAUGCUCUAGGCCUUUUUAUCUAUAUUAUAAAAAUUCAUGAGCACAUAUGGAAUAUUGGACUUGUCUCCCUGAUUUUUUGUAAUAUAAAGAAGGGGAAGAAAAAUAAAAAAAGUGACUUUUCUUUGGGUUUUCUGAGAAAUGUUCAUCAAUU